AUGGAUCCUUCGUUGGGCAGCUCGGAAGUACGGUGGUGCGCGGUGACGGGCGGACGGGGAUUCAUGGCGAGGCACCUCGUGAUGGCGUUGCUCAGCUCCGGAGGUUGGCGCGUACGGAUCACCGACGUCGGCUCCGACGCCACCUUGCAAUCCUACGAGAAUGAUGGGCUCCUCGGUGCCGCCCUCCGGGACGGUCGCGCCACCUACAUCUCCGCCGACGUCUGCAAACUAGACCAGCUCACAAAAGCUUUUGAAGGGGUUGAUACAGUUUUCCACACCGCUGCCCCCGAUCCUACCAACAACGACUUCCAACUUCAUUACAAGGUCAACGUCGAGGGGACAAAGAAUGUUAUCCAGGCUUGUCAGACAUGCAAGGUUAAAGCGCUAAUAUACACUAGUACUAGUGGGGUUGUAUUCGACGGAGUUCAUGGCCUCUUUGGUGUAGAUGAAUCCACGCCAUACCCAGAUAAGUUUCACGAUGCGUACACUGAAACGAAGGCAGAAGCGGAAAAGCUAGUGAUGCGGGCCAAUGUCCCAGAUGAGCUUCUCACUUGUUGCAUACGUCCUGGAAGCAUUUUUGGUCCCGGUAGCAGGAUAGUGCCAGCAUUAGUUUCUUACGGAGGAAUGAUGAAAACGAAGAUGAUUAUGGGUGAUGGGAAGAAUUGUGAUGAUUUUGUAUAUGUUGAGAAUGUAGUGCAUGGUCAUGUAUGUGCUGAGAGAGCUCUUUUGACCAAAGAGGGUGCAAAGAUAAAUGGAGGAAAAUCAUACUUUAUAACAAAUAUGGAGCCGGUAAAUAUGUGGGACUUCCUAUACAUGAUUUUAGAAGACCUUGGAUACCACAGCCGGUUUAGAUUAAGAAUACCUUCGUAUCUUCUAAUGCCGAUAACAUGUCUAGUUGAUUGGAGCUACAAAUAUAUAUUAUCUCGUUGUGGAAUGCGGAAACCUAGUGUUCUAACAUCAACAAGCAUUAAGUAUGCGACACUGAAUAGAACGUUCAACUGCAACAAUGCCGCUGAACAACUUGGUUAUAAACCAAUAGUGUCACUCAAGGAUGGAGUAAAGAUGACUACCAAAUUCUAUAAAGAGUUCAAGGAAUGA